AUGAUAGACGAUGAAGAAAAAGAACAAUAUCCUCGCCGAAUCCACUAUGCCGAUGUGGAAUCUGGAGUGAAAGUAUCAUCACCCUUGGAGCGAGGUAACUCAAGAAGAAGCUCAGUCGAUCAUGAUAGUCUGAGUAUUCGACCUCAUAGACGAUCAUCGAUUGAAUUGUCAAUGGCACUUCCUAUCCAGUACAGAACAGUAUCAUUUCAGAUUGCAGGAUCACAAGAAAAGAAUGCGGCAGAAGUUCAGCUUGCGAAGAAAUCAGCAGCCAAAGCGCUUGCUGAUUUGGAAUGGCAUACCAUCACACCUGACGAGGUUCUAAAGCGAUUAUCAACUUCGACAUCUCAAGGCCUCUCUAAAGAGCAAGCAAACCGGAGACUAUCACAAUAUGGAAAGAAUGCGCCAUCUCAUCCUCCCAGCCAUUUGUUUCGGACUCUAUUCGGAUACUUCUUCCGAGGAUUUGGAUCUAUUCUUCUUGUUGGCGCUAUUCUCGUUUUUGUUUCCUGGAAACCUCUCGGAAACCCGCCUGCACAAGCAAACUUAGCACUUGCUAUUGUCCUCUUGGCAGUAUUCUUCAUACAAGCAGCUUUCAAUGGCUGGCAAGAUUGGUCUUCAUCUAGAGUCAUGGCUUCAAUUACGACUAUGUUGCCUGGCAACUGUUUGUUGUUGAGAGAUGGAGCUCGUGUGACUGUGGUUGCUAGCGAAAUUGUUCCUGGAGACGUUCUUUACAUCAAAGCGGGUGAUAAGCUUCCUGCUGAUGUACGAUUCGUCGAAAUAUCUUCGGAUGCAAAGUUUGAUCGUUCUAUUUUGACCGGCGAGUCACCUCCACUUUCUGGUAUGGUUGAUAAUACAGAUGAAAAUUAUUUAGAGACAAAAUGUAUCGGACUGCAAGGGACUCAUUGUAUUUCUGGAAGCGGUAUCGGUAUUGUUGUUGCUACUGGUGAUACAACAGUCUUUGGAAGGAUUGCCCAACUAACCAACACCCCCAAAACUGGCAUGACUACUCUCGAACGAGAGGUUUUCAACUUCGUCUUAGUAAUUGUUUCCAUCAUGGUAACCAUGAUAGUUCUUGUUAUCAUUAUAUGGGCAGCAUAUUUGAGGAAGUCACACCCCGAUUGGAUAAAUGUACCAACUCUAAUCGUGGACUGCGUUUCUGUUGCCAUUGCAUUCAUUCCCGAGGGUCUUCCUAUUGCUUUGACGGCAUCACUCACUAUCACUGCGAAUCUUAUGCGCAAGAAUAAGAUUCUUUGUAAAUCGUUGAAGACAGUGGAGACCCUAGGUGCAGUCAGUGUCAUUUGUUCAGACAAGACAGGGACUCUGACGAAGAACAAAAUGUUCGUUACAGAAUGUGGUAUGGGAACCAACAGUAUGACGCCACAAUCAGCUAGAGAUGAGAUGGUCUCAAGUGGUCGAAAUGACACUGCGAUCUCCCAAAUGAGACUGAUUGCUGGACUUUGCAAUUUUGGAGAGUUUGAUGCCGGUACAAUACAUCUUCCACUUUCCGAGAGAAUAAUCAACGGUGAUGCUACCGAUCAAGCUGUGUUGCGAUUUUCCGAGUCACUUGGGCCCGUUUCCGAACUUCGAAACAUGUGGCGAAAAACCUUCGAAUUGGCUUUUAAUAGCAAGAACAAAUACAUGAUACAAACUCUAGCACUCACCGAGGCUGCAGGUCUAGCUUAUGCUCUACCUGACGAAGAAGCGGCAGUGUUUGGCUCAGAUGACACCCUCUUAACCAUUAAAGGUGCUCCAGAUAUUUUGAUUGAGAGAUGCUCAAGAUAUACAACUAUUAAUGGCGACUCUAAGGCUCUUGACGACGAUGUACGUACGAAAAUCGAUGAAAUAAAAAAUGGUUGGUCGGCAGAAGGCAGACGUGUCAUAUUAUUGGCGCGAAAGACAAUCAAGAAAGACGAACUACAAUCAACUCCAGAUUCAAGCCGCUUUGAAAACGAGAUAUCAUCACACGCAAGAUCUAGUCUUACAUUGGUAGCUCUACUUGGUAUUGUUGAUCCUCUUCGCGAUGAGAUACCUUCAGUUGUUUCGAUCUUGAGACGAGCUGGAAUUCGAAUGUUUAUGGUAACUGGAGAUUUUGCAUUAACCGCUCAAGCAAUUGCCACCGAAUGUGGAAUCAUCACCAAUCCACCGAACAUGGUGAAAGAUAUCUCUUCUCUCUCGCGGGAUAAGAUCAUUUCUGAAUCAGAUUCUCAAUCUGAAAAUGAAAACAAAGAUGCAAGCAUCACGCCUCCAAUGAAGUCCAUUGUUCUCAGCGGUCCAGAAAUGAUUACGCUCAACGACAACCAAUGGGAGCAACUAUGCAGAUACGAUGAGAUCGUCUUCGCACGCACCACUCCCGAACAAAAACUACGAAUUGUGCGGGAGUUUCAAAAGCGCGAUGAAAUUGUUGCGAUGACUGGUGAUGGUGUCAAUGAUGCACCUUCUCUCAAAGCUGCCGAUAUUGGGAUUGCGCUUGGAAGUGGUUCGGAUAUAGCUAUUGAGGCUGCCGAUAUGGUUCUCCUCGAAUCAUUCAGUGCUGUUGUCGAGGCAGUUCAAUACGGAAGAGUAGUCUUUGAUAACUUGAAGAAAACCAUCGCGUAUCUGCUACCUGCUGGAUCAUUUUCUGAGUUCUGGCCUGUUAUGACGAAUGUCGCGUUUGGUUUACCGCAGAUAUUAUCCUCGUUUCUUAUGAUCAUUAUUUGCUGUUUCACCGAUUGCGCCGCCGCCACAGUCUUAGCAUACGAAGCCCCAGAAGCCGACGUACUUCUCCGCAAACCGCGAAAUACCAAGACAGAUCGACUAGUGGACUGGCAAUUAAUCCUUCAAGCCUAUGGCUUCAUUGGUGUCAUUGAGACACUAUCAUCGUUUGCAAUGUCAUAUUGGUAUUUAGAACGUAGCGGAAUCCCAUUUAAGGAUCUUUGGUUCAAAUAUGGAAGUCUUCCGGCGAAUAUCGAUCAAGAUUAUGCCAAUGCACGACUUGCUGAAGCUUCGAGUAUUUAUUUUGUUAAUCUUGUGGUUAUGCAAUGGUUUAGUCUCAUGGGCCUCCGCACCCGCCGUCUCAGUAUCUUCCACCAUCCACCCGCCUUCAACAAAGCCACGCAAAACCUGUACAUUUUCCCAGCCAUUCUUUUCGCAUUAGUAAUGGCAAUUUUCUGGCUUUAUAUUCCCCAGUUACAGAGUGUGUUGGGUACAAGUAGUGUACCUGCUGAACACUUUUUCCUACCAGCGGCUUUUGGAUUGGGUAUACUGUUUUUGGAUGAGGCGAGGAAGCGGGGGGUGAGGAAAUGGCCAGGCAGUUGGUUGGGGAAGAUGGCUUGGUAG